UAUCAAUAAUCCUAAAGGAUUUUAAAAGUUCAAAAUAAAACAUACUGUACGUAGUAAAUCAAUAUCCAAACCGCUAAACGUACAGAUAAGAGCAUAAGAUAUUGGCAACUCUGUUUCGCGCCUCCCUGCCGCGCGUCCGUUGGAUGCCCAGCUCCCUGCUCCGCCUCUCCGCGAGUCCCCAGCCCACCGCCCACCGCCGCUUGAGGCUUCCCACUGCCUGCCCACCCACCCGCCCAGGACGCUGAACGGCGACCAUCACUGCCCUAACCCCUAGAGGAUUUGAGAGAGAUUUGGUCUGCUUUAACAAUUAGAGAGAGCUUUUAUCCUCUUAUGCGUGGAUGAAGCAUCAAAAUUUUAUGAGAAAUGAUUAAAAAUAGGAAUGGAACAACGGCCGUUGCACAUAUGAUCCAGUUUUUUUGGCAAGGGGGAAGAAGAUCGAGUUCUCCAAAGAAGAGUGCUCACCAAACAGUAGAUUCCUGACUCAAAAUCCCCAUAAUGACAAAAACUGAAAUCACGGUCUCCAGCGAAGAUCCGUCUGCCUCUUCCUCUCGGCCGUGGCAAUCUUACCACACUGUUUAUACCAAUGCAAAAGCUGGCAUGGAAGGGGUGGACAAGGAAAAAGUGCAGAGAAUAGUGUAUGAAAUGAGCAAAGGAUCUAAGUAUUACCAGAACGAGGAGCGCAAGGAGGCUCAUAUGAAGCAGAGAAUCGAAAGCAUGCGUUCCCAGUGUUUGAAACUCACUAAGGCUGAUGCAUCUCACUACGAGAAGCUUGCUGAGAAAAGGAUAUUAGAGCUUGAAGCCACACGUGAUUUGUCAAGGAUUUGGAUACAUGUAGAUAUGGAUGCUUUUUAUGCAGCUGUUGAAACAUUGAGUGAUCCUUCAUUAGAAGGAAAGCCAGUGGCUGUUGGCAGCUUGUCAAUGAUCUCUACUGCUAAUUAUGAGGCUCGCAAGUUUGGGGUUCGGGCUGCAAUGCCUGGCUUUAUUGCUCGUAAAUUAUGUCCAGGGUUGAUAUUUGUACCUACGGACUUCAAAAAGUACAAUCAUUACAGUGGAUUGACAAGACAGAUCUUCCAGAAAUAUGAUCCUAACUUCUUAACGACAAGUCUGGAUGAGGCAUACCUGGAUAUAACAAAGAUUUGCAGAGAUAGGGGAAUUACAGGUGAAGAGGUGGCUGAAGAGCUCAGGAAAAGUGUUUACAAUGAGACCGGCCUCACUUGUAGUGCGGGUGUAGCUCCAAAUCGCUUACUUGCUAAGGUUUCUUCGGAUAUCAACAAACCUAAUGGACAAUUUGUUUUGCCUAAUGAUCGUAAUGCUAUUAUGACGUUUAUCUCCACGCUUCCUAUUAGGAAGAUUGGUGGCAUUGGUAAGGUUACUGAAAACAUCUUAAAGGAAAUUUUUGGAAUAACAACAUGUGAGGGUUUGUUGCAGAAAGGCAAACUUCUAUGUGCACUAUUUUCUCGUUCCUCAGCAGACUUCUUCUUGUCGGUCGGUCUAGGACUCGGUGAGACCGAUUCGCCUCAAACAAAGAUGCGGAAGAGUAUGAGUAAUGAGAGAACAUUUUCAGCUACCGGGGAUGAGACAUUUCUUUAUAAAAAGUUAGUCGAUAUUGCAGAGAUGCUUUCAGCAGAUAUGGAACAAGAAGGCCUUUGUGGACGGACAUUGACACUGAAGCUGAAAACUGCAUCUUUUGAGGUGCGGACUAGGGCAGUGACUUUGACAAAGUACAUAAGCUCAAGUCAGGAUAUAUUAACACAUGCUUCAAAGCUGCUGAAAGCUGAGCUACCUGUACCCUUACGACUUAUAGGACUCCGUAUUUCUCAGUUUAUGGAAGAGAAUGUCAACCUUUCUGAUCCCACACAGAGAACGCUGUCCAACUUUGUUGUUCAAGAAGCUGCUAGAAGAGAGGCGCACAUGCCUUUGAGUUCUGAUACUAGUGAGACUGCCUUCACAUAUGACAUAUGCUAUGACUCUCCUACAAAAAGCAGUGAAGUAUCUUGGGAUUUUAAAUCCUCUAUUCACAACAAUUAUAGCAAAUCACGGCAGAAAAGCCUUGAGCCUCAGCGUGAUGCUGUUGAAGUCAAUGUGUAUGAAGCAAUUGAUGCAAACAACUCAUCUUCCGGGUCAUUGAAAAAGUUAACCUUUUCUGAACCGUUGGAGGGCGCUGACCACUUAUAUGAUGGAACGGAGCACUGCUCAGACCAUUUUAAGGAGUUGAUACUUGUUUGGUUGGACGGAUAUAAAUGCUCACUAUGUGGGGUUGAAUUGCCACCCAGUUUCGUUGAGGAGAGGCAAGAGCACUCCGACUUUCAUCUUGCUCAAAGACUGCAAGAUGAGCAAUUUAGUGACAAUUAUAAAUUGUUGACACCUCAGCGAAGGUCGUUACAGAAUGGGGAUACAUGGAAUCAUGGUGCGCAGAGAAAGAAGAAGAAAGUAUACCCGACGUCCGUUAAAUGUAUUCCUAUUGAUUCUUUUUUUGUGAAGACAAAUCAGAACUUCUAACAUAUGUAUCUGUAUGUUUGUGUUUUACCCUUUCUUAGUUUCUUGUACAUUAACAAUUCUCAAUCAGUUAAAUGUUAUUACUUCUUACUGUGUAUUCAGUUACAACAGUAUACAUGCGAAGAACAUUUAAAAUAAUAGACUCAUAUAUUUGUGUACAUUGGAUU